CCCUGUGUCUCCAGCGGAGAAGACAAACCGGGCAGGCUCGGGAGCAGUGGGAGAGGAAGGCGGGAGGCGCGGAGCCAGCAAGCCGGAAGAAUGGCCCGGGACUCCCUGGCCACCCGGCUGCAGGAGUCGGUGGGGGUCUUCCACGCGUUGGGGCCGAAGAGCCCCGCCCCCGCCGGCCAGUGUGCACUCCGCCGCCCCGCGAGCACGGCCGCAAGCCGCCGGCCGCACCAGACCACGAGGCUCCCAGGACGGAGGCUGGAAGCUUCGGUCAUCGGGCAGGAUUCAGGGGAGUCCUGGGCCCCGGGCGCUGGGGCCCCGAAGCUAGGCGGCGGCGCCCAAGAUCCGCUGCCAUCGUGGAGCCGGACCGGGGAGGAUUCCAGCUCAGGGUCCUUCCCUUUGCCCGCCCAUGGCCCAGCCACUAGAAACCCCCACCCGGUGGCUGGGCCUCCCCCGGCCCAGUCGGCCCCCUUGCCUGGCUCGAGGCUUCCAUCCGGGCUCGCCGCCCCGGACCCAGCAGGCGAAGUCUAUCCUGGCCUCCUGCCCACUCCCAGCCUGACCAUCCCGAGAUGGUCCCGGCUGGGGCCCCCCAGCCGCGACGUGAGCAGGCAGGCUCUGCCCUGGAGGCUGCCCACCGUCCCUCAACCAGUCAGGUCGCAGCCCAUCGGCAAGGACCAGAGGCCUGCGCGCGAGGGCAUGAAGCUGCGGGCCCAACGGGCGCGGGAGAUCCGCUGUCACCCGUGUCCCCCCUCCGCUCCUCGCGAUAUCUGCUGGGACGUGUGCCCAGGCGGGGCUCCCUUCGACCCCUUUCAUUCAGGCGCUGCUUUGCCCGUUUGCGGCGCCAGCUCGGCGCCAGAGAAGCCCAGCCGCGAGGGCGCCCUCCCGGGGAGUAGCAGCAGACGUUUCGAGUGGCUGGGGCCGGACACCCGCCCCGUGGACGUGGAGAUGGUGCUCGCCGAGUUUCGGAUCCCUCCGCUCCUCUCCCCACUGAGGGAAGACGACACGCCGGAGGGUCCCACGACGCCCAAACCCCCCAGGGCCGCCCGAGGAGGUAAGGCUGUCGGAGCGGCCAACCCGGGAAUGGCUGCGGCUGGUUCGCUCGCAGGAUCCAGCGGUCCUGAGCGAGCUGUGGCGGCAAGGCAGCCCGGUUGGGGCUCUGUGGACCACACCACGACGCCCAAGGAAUCCCGGACCCUUCGGCUCCACCUCGCUCAGACGGAAGAUGCGGGUCCGGCGUCGGAGGUCCACGGCCAGAGCCUGGUAGUUGACGCCCCCCGGCAGGGUUCAGGACGGCCCUCUGCACCGGAGGCCCGGGCCCGGAGACCACCCUGGACACGGGACGAGGAGGAUUCCAGCGGCGACGAAGGCCCCGGCGGUCCAAGCAAGGCCAAAGCAACCCGAGCCGUCCCAGGAGGUAAGGCUCGCGGAACGUCCAUCCCGGGGCAGGGCGCAGCGGGUGCGCUUGCGGGCUCCACCGGUCCUGAGCGGCCUGUCUCGGCCUCUGUGGAUCAGGCCCAUGGGCUGGAGGAAGGGCGGAACGCUCCGCUCCGUCCCGCUCCGAGGGGUGGCUCGGGCCCCCAGUGUCCCAGGCCGCUGGACGGCAAGCCCACCGCAGACGCCCAUGGAGGUCAGGCUCAGGCGACGGACGAAAGAAGAACCUCUGCCAGGAACAAGAGAGACAGGAGAAUCGGGCAGGCCCAGCCCAGCCCUCCCCGCUCCACCGGGGACACCAAGGGCCCGCUCCAGAGCGAGGCCGAGGGCCCAGGGAGGGAAGCCAGGGGACGUCCUUCCAGGGAAAUCCGCCCAAAGCGAGGCUGGGAUGGGAGCCAGGUCAGGGCCCCCAGGGACGACAAGGUAGACGGCCGCAGCCCCAGCCCCAGCCCUGCAGCGGCGAACGAGCAGCCUCCAUGGGACACCCCUUGGGAAGAGCCGGGGAAAUGGAGCCGGCCUUCACGCAAAAGGAGCAGAAGCCAGGAGGAGGUCAGCCUGCCACCGGGAAAAAGGACCCGGGGCCCCCUGGACGCCAGCUUGCAAAGGUCCCUGGAGGUUAGCCCCGCGGUGGCACCGACGGGCCUCAGCUCCUGGGACCUCGCUGCUCUCUCUGGCGGGCGCCUGGGCUCGGGCAGCGCACGCCUCCCUGUCCAGGCCACACGCCUGCAGUUAAGGAGCUCCCAAGCUGCAGCCCCCGGCAAGGACUCAGGACAGCCCUCGGCCCCAGAUGACCGGGUCCAGAAGCCAGUCGGACGCGCCGAGGGCCACCGAUCACCGCCCACUCGGACGAGCGCGCAUUCCAGGCUAGCGCCCUGCCCUUGGCCGGACCCUGGUCGCCCGCCCCUACGGCCAGCCGCUCAGAGUCCACCCCAGCCACCGGCCGGACCACCCCUGGCCACCCCUGCCCCCGUGCCUGGCCCUAGUUCCGCUGCGCAGCCCCGGCUUCAGCCCACUCCCCAGCUCCCCCUUCGCAGCCUCCGGCCUGGGGCCGCUCCUCCGAUCGAUUUCAGCAGCCAGCCCCUGCCCUGGAGGAUGCCCACCGUCCCGGGACCUGUGAGGUCACUGCCCAUUCCCAAAGAUCUCAGGUCAGUGCGCGAGGCCAUGAAGCGGCGGGCCCAGCGGGCUCGGGAGAUCCCAUGUCCCCCCUCACCUCCUCGUGAUAUCUGGGAUGUGUGCACGCGCCGGGCUUCAGAACAACCCUUCCCUUAGGAGGCCGCUCUGCGCCUUUGCGCCCCGGGCUCCGCAGCAGCAGGCCGGCCGCGGCCCCCAGGGGCCGCG